GGGCUGGGCCGGGGCUGGGCGGCCGGCUGGGCCCGGGGGGCGGCGGCGCGACGGGCCGGAGUCGGGGAGCCUUCCAGCGGCUUCCGCGGGGCGCCGCCGAGGGCCGGCCGGGGGUCGCGGGCGCGCUGGACGAGUGAGGGCCCCGCCCGGGCUGGCGCGACCUCGGCGCCAUGGACGCGGCGGCGCUGGAGCGGGACGCGGUGCAGUUCGCGCGGCGGGCGGUGCGGAGCGACCACGAGGGCCGCUACUCGGAGGCCGUGUUCUACUACAAGGAAGCUGCUCAAGCCUUGAUUUACGCGGAGAUGGCAGGAUCAAGCCUAGAACAUAUCCAGGAAAAAAUCAAUGAGUAUCUGGCAAGAGUGGAAGCCCUGCACUCAGCAGUUCAGUCAAAGAAUGCCGAUCCUUUGAAAUCCAAGCAUCAGUUGGACUUAGAGCGUGCCCAUUUCCUUGUGACACAAGCUUUCGAUGAGGAUGAGAAGGGGCAUGUUGAAGAUGCUAUAGAACUGUACACAGAAGCCGUGGAUCUCUGUCUGAAAACUUCUUACGAAACUGCUGAUAAAACCCUGCAGAACAAACUGAAACAGCUCGCUCGACAGGCCCUGGAUAGAGCUGAAGCGUUGAGUGAGCCUUUGACAAAGCCAGCUUGCAAAGUCAAGUCAACAAAUAUCAAACCAAAGCCGCCUCCAGUGAGAACACAUGUCCCGCUCGGCUCUAACCCGUUCCUUGAGAGACCUCAGCCCUUCCCAAGUGCACAGUCCUGUGAUACCCAGGGACAGAGGUACACAGCAGAGGAGAUAGAAGUGCUCAGGACAACUUCAAAAAUAAAUGGAAUAGAAUAUGUCCCUUUCAUGAGCGUUGAUCUGAGGGAGCGUUUUGCUUAUCCAAUGCCUUUCUGUGAUAGAUUGGGCAAGCUACCAUUAUCCCCUAAACAGAAAGCUACAUUUUCCAAAUGGGUACGACCAGAAGACCUCACCAACAAUCCUACAAUGAUUUAUACUGUGUCCAGUUUUAGCAUAAAGCAGACGAUCGUAUCGGACUGCUCCUUUGUGGCAUCACUGGCCAUCAGCGCCGCUUACGAAAGGCGAUUCAAUAAGAAGCUGAUUACCAGCAUAAUUUACCCUCAGAACAAGGAUGGGGAACCCGAGUACAAUCCCUGUGGAAAGUAUAUGGUGAAACUUCACCUCAACGGGGUCCCGAGAAAGGUGAUAAUUGAUGACCAGUUACCUGUUGAUCAUAAGGGAGAGUUGCUCUGUUCUUACUCCAACAACAAAAGUGAGCUGUGGGUUUCUCUCAUAGAGAAAGCGUACAUGAAAGUCAUGGGAGGAUAUGACUUCCCGGGAUCCAAUUCGAAUAUUGAUCUCCAUGCACUGACUGGAUGGAUACCAGAAAGGAUUGCUAUGCAUUCAGACAGCCAGACUUUCAGUAAAGAUAAUUCCUUCAGAAUGCUUUAUCAAAGGUUUCAUAAAGGCGAUGUCCUCAUCACUGCGUCCACUGGCACGAUGACGGAAGCAGAAGGAGAAAAGUGGGGUCUUGUUCCCACUCACGCCUACGCCGUCCUGGAUGUCAGGGAGUUCAAGGGGUUGCGAUUCAUCCAGUUGAAAAAUCCUUGGAGUCAUUUACGUUGGAAAGGAAGAUACAGUGAACAUGACGUGAAAAACUGGACUCCAGAGUUGCAAAAGUAUUUAAACUUUGAUCCCCGGACAGCUCAGAAAAUAGAUAAUGGAAUAUUUUGGAUUUCCUGGGAUGAUCUCUGCCAGUAUUAUGACGUGAUUUAUUUGAGUUGGAAUCCAGGUCUUUUUAAAGAAUCAACGUGUAUUCACAGUACUUGGGAUGCUAAGCAAGGACCUGUGAAAGAUGCCUAUAGCCUGGCCAACAACCCCCAGUACAAACUGGAGGUGCAGUGUCCACAAGGGGGCGCUGCAGUUUGGGUUUUGCUUAGUAGACACAUAACAGACAAGGAUGAUUUUGCAAAUAACCGAGAAUUUAUUACAAUGGUUGUAUACAAGACUGAUGGGAAAAAAGUUUAUUACCCAGCUGACCCGCCUCCAUACAUUGAUGGGAUUCGCAUUAACAGCCCCCAUUACCUGACUAAGAUAAAGCUGACCACGCCGGGAACCCAUACCUUUACCUUGGUGGUAUCUCAAUAUGAAAAACAGAACACGAUCCAUUACACCGUCCGGGUAUAUUCUGCAUGCAGCUUUACUUUUUCAAAGAUCCCUUCACCAUACACCGUAUCAAAACGGAUUAAUGGGAAGUGGAGCGGACAGAGUGCUGGAGGAUGUGGGAAUUUUCAAGAGACUCAUAAAAACAACCCCAUCUAUCAAUUCCACAUGGAGAAGCCGGGGCCAUUGCUGAUUGAGCUUAGAGGACCAAGGCAGUACAGCGUUGGAUUUGAGGUUGUAACAGUAUCCUGGGCAGGGGAUCCUGGCCCUCAUGGCUUCCAGAGGAAAUCCAGUGGUGACUUCAGGUGUGGAUUUUGCUACCUGGAAUUGGAAAAUAUACCUGCUGGAAUCUUCAAUAUCAUUCCCAGCACUUUUUUACCUAAACAAGAAGGUCCUUUCUUCUUGGACUUGAAUAGCACGAUCCCCAUCAAGACAACACAGCUUCAGUGACGGGGCUCCUCCCCAAGCUAAGCAUUCUGUUUGCCCAGCAUCCACUCUGACGAAGACACAGACCUUCAGGAUGAGAAACACAACCAUGGAAAGGAAGUCAUUCCUACAAGCACGGGACAGUGGAAUCUGGUGCCUGUCGGGGCGCUGGGCAAGAAAUGUAGAUAGAAUUGCCUGACUGGCCUGCAAGCGCUGUGGACAUGGUUGUGUGUGAACAGAGCUGGCGGCUGUCUAGGGCCACUCUGUUCAGGAGUGCACAGGAUGAGAGAGGCGCUGGUUCACCACUGAGGUGCAGCUCUGUGGGAGGACAGGGCAUGAGAGCAGAGAGGAAGAUGAAGGGCACAGACUCCUUGAAGGCAAGGCAGCCACUGCAGUGUCCCGAGAUGUUGUUCCCCUAGUCAUGGUCCCCUUUUACAGAGCAUGUUGUAAGGUAAACCUGCCUUGUGUUAGCUCCACUGUACACCCCGUACAGAAACUGUAACUUUGCAUUAUUUAUGACAUUAAAUGUUUACUGUUGUCCAGAUGUUAAGAAAGCCUAAAGCUUUAAGAAGUAUCGAUUAGCUUCGCGUGAAGAGGCUCAUGCUUAAGAAUGCAGGUUCUGGCCCCCUACGUCCCUACAUCACCUUGAAUUGUGUAUCAAGGACUGAGGUACAUUCGCUGCUGAUGAAAGUAGUUAUCAGUCUCAUAAAACUGCUCCGGAGUUUAAUGCGCAGCACUUUGAAGAAAAUAAUUGAGAAUUUAAUAUAUGGUGAUCAGGUAACUUAGCAUUCAGAAGAAUUUGCCAUUAAGUCUAGUGUUGUGUAAACUGGCCAGUUGUUUAUAUAAAAGCCCAUCAGAACAGAAUACCACCUAAGAUUUUAAAGGUCUGAAAAUUAAGAGGGUGGGAUUUUUCAUUGUCUCUACUUUAUAAUUAUCAAAAACUUCUUGUAUUUUUAUUGCCUUUAAUUAAAACAUUUAUACUUAUGGAAACUGCUCGUUCAGCGCUAAAGUGAAUGGUGUCCUUGGUGGU